UUCGAACAUUAUUAUAUUCUGUUGAGGAGCUGAACCUGCCGUGUGCCUCCUGCUCCUAAAUUAAAAAUUGAAAAAAACUGAGUGAUGCAUAACUGUUAAAACAUGCACAGCAAGUUGGCUGGGCUGCACCUCCACCAAUAGCCUCAAGUCACCCCUCCCCUCUUAGUCCUCCUUCCUCCUCCCACGUUCCUGUCACUCACACAGCAUUGCAGAUGCUUUGACAUUAGAUUUCACUCUUCACGCCGAGCGGAGGCUCCUUCAGACCAUCCUGUCCAGUGAGUGAAUGGAGUGUGUGUGAGUUUGAGCUCUGGUGCUGACAGUGUCAUGCUGGCUGCAGCAGGAUGUGGAGGUCAGCUCUUGUUGUGCUCCAGCUCGUCGUGCUUGGUCUCCCACUCUGGGCUCAGGACGAUGUCACAGCCACUGCUUUUGCUCCUCAGGACUGCACUCUGGACUGCGUCCGCCAGGGAGCACCAGGAUGUGAAUACUGCAGAAUAACAGGAGCCGAUAUCAAGGAGGCGCUGGGUUUCAACUCCAUCCAAGAGUUUGGAAGUUGUAUCCCUUGGCCAUGCUUGGAGCUGCUAGGAGAAGAAGACCCUGAGAUCUGUCAGCAUUAUGUCCAAGCGCCAAACGAUGUGACGGUUGAAUCUGUACAGGAGCCAAACCCCACCUCUGAGACUAUUCUUGUUUCCUGGAAACCCAGUUAUUAUGGGAUCGCCUUCCUGCGAGGCUUUCAGGUGACCCUCCAGGCGUUGGGAGGAUCUACUGUUGCCUGUCAGCUCUUUCUCUUCCACCGCAACGUCUCCCUCGUGGCUACACAUGCUCAAAGGGUGUACAGGUCGGACCCUUUCCCCGGACUCUCCGUUGGGUCCCAAUAUGCUGUUACCGUCAUGGCUCUGCCGGUGCCUGAGGAGUGGGAGAGGUUCUACAGCAGCAAGAUCUUCUCCACACGCUCUUGUGAAGAGAAGAACGGCCUUGAGCAGUGCAAAAAUGACUGGUAUCCCACAUAUGUCGAGGUGCAGCAGGAAGGGACUGCCAUCACCGUGACGUUUAACCUGGCUCCCCAAAACCUGGGCAUCACAAGUUACUUCUCCCUUUGUUAUGCAAACGGAAUGCAGAACUACACAGAAAUAACGCCUAAUUCUUCCAAAAACAAAACUCACCACAGCUAUCAGCUGAAUGACCUCCAAGAAGGAACCAAUUACACUUGUGAGAUUGCUGCUAACGAAGUGGAUGCAGUGAGAAAAGCUUUCAACGUUCAGGUGAUGCACAUUCACAAAGAAGGUCCCAGGACACACUUUGUCACUGCCUCCUUGGCUCUGAUACUUCCACUGGGCCUGGCUGUGGUAGCCAUUAUUGCAGUCCUACUGGCUGCUCUCACCAGGAGAAAGCCUGAGCUGCAGAUGGAGAAACGUGACAUAAAACCAGAUAUCACCAAGCAAUACCAUGACAGCGGGAGUCAGGAAGAAAUGGUAUCAUUACCCAGAAGUAGGCUGACCCCUCCUCGUCUGCUGAUUUGCUACAGCAGCUUUGAUGGUCCUGCACAUGUCAAAGCUGUCAUGCAAUUAGGGGCCUUCAUACAGCAGCACAUGGCCACUCAGGUGUGCCUGGACCUGUGGGACUCUCUCAGCAUGGCUGAGGAGGGGAGUAUGGCCUGGCACUGCCGGCAGAUCCGGGAGAGUGACUUUGUCUUGGUGAUCUGCUCCCAGGGCUUUAACCACAGAUUUGAGCCUUCAGGCCUAGAGAGUGAUGAUGAAGAGGCUAACAGGCGGCUGAACUUUGGGUCCAACUCCUUCAGCUCUAAUGCAGCCAUCCAACUUAUGGUAGAAGAGGUCUGCCGAGCUAAAGCUAGAGGCCAGGACCUGUCCAAGUACAUGGCAGCCAUUUUUGAGUACUCUGAGGAAACAGACAUCCCCACUGAGCUGAGGCUGGUAUCUCAAUACAGGCUGAUGAGUGACUUGCCGCUGCUCUUCUCCCACCUUCAUGGAGUUGCUCUCCACAGACCUGGGGGUUACCUGAAGAUAAACAACAUCUCAGAGGGAAGUUUUGCCAAGUUGCCUGCUGGAGCAGCUCUGCAGUGGGCUAUCCAUGAGGCAGGACUGGCAAUAGGAGGCAAAAUACAUACUUCUGUGGAAGAGGGGGAAUAAACACUAAAAGAGUCAAACUGUACACCCUGACCAAAUGAUAGCUCUCAGCCCAGAAAAGGAAAAGGUGGGAGUGGAGAUAAAAGUUGCUAAUGGCCCAAAACUUGCUGGUUUUGCAUCUAGCCAGGCAAGAUAAUCUGGAAGUUCACAGCAGAUGGUACAGAUAUACCUUUAAGCAAUCACCCACCUAACCAUCUCACCUCAACUGGGCUCCAGUGGCAGCAGCCAUGCACUGUGACCUCUAAUGUAUUAAUAUGUUACAUGUUAAGGAAGGAUUUGUACAAAGAACAUACAGUAAUGUGUGUAAUGGUCAGCAAAGCUAAAUGUAUUUGACAUCUUUUGUUAAUUUCAGUGGCUUUUAUCUUUUAUUUUUAUUGCAGUAACAUGUAAAAAGACACUAUGAAACUUUACUAGCACUAUAAAUAAAAAUCAUAUUAUCUAGUAAAUUAGUUUGUGAAUUUAUCCUGUGAGAAUGUUUACCUUGAAGAGGAUAGUGAACUUUGUAUACAUGUAAGCUUAUAUUUUAUUUAUACAUGUGCACAUUGCAUACAGAGAUAAGAAAGGAUUAAUAGGCCCAUCAUUUUAAUGGUAUUUUAUUUUUUAUUGUUUCAUUGUAUUUUAUUUUUGAAAGUAUUUUUUUUAUGUUGUAUUUCUAUUAAAUAUAUACUUUUACGCAUGAAAUCAUUUAAUAAAGUCAAGUUACAACAGGU